AUGAGUUACAUCGGCUCAUUCCGUUUUGUACCAAGUAUCUUCAGGAUUGCUUUGUUGUUUUGCGUGUUUUUAACAUAUGCAAAUAUCUGUUCUCCAAUUGUCAACAUAAAAUGUCAGGUGUGGCGACAUGGUGAUCGCUCACCGACAAGAACCUUUCCAACUGAUCCAAUUCAAGAGGUGGACUGGACAUUUGGUGGAGGAGGAUUUGGACAACUUUCACCGAAAGGAAUGGCACAACAUUUAAAAUUUGGAAAACUUCUAAGAAAGCUCUACGUUGACACAGGUUUCCUAAGCAAGAAGUAUUCAUCGAAAGAGGUUUACAUUCGGUCGACAGAUGUGAACCGCACGAUUAUUUCAGCGAUGUCGAAUAUGCUGGGUAUGUACGGUCAGAACGAUGGCUCUAGUCAGGCUGGAGUCGACUACCCGGAUGAGAUCGGUUGGCCAGUCGGAUAUGUGCCAAUUCCUGUGCAUAUUGUAGAUUUUCACACUGACCACGUAUGCCACUUAUUACCAAAAUCUGCACAUGAUAGAAGAUUAUUCCUGAGAAGGAUGUCGAAAUGUAAUCUAAACUGGGUCCUAUCUGGUCGGAUGUCAACUUAA